AGGCUGGCCAGCUGCCGUCGGAAGGCCACCGUGACGGGUCCAGAAGGGUGCUUCGACGGCCAAGCCUGGCAUCUCCGUCGCUCGUUGCCGGCACCCGAUCUUCUCAAUUGGUGGACGCAGCAGGUUAAUGAGCGCCUUGCCGUCUUCUCACCCAAGAUGAAGACGACGGCAGUCUUCUCGGCCUUUGUGUCGCUGCUGUCGUUCGCUUCCGCAGCAGGCGCGAGCUCCAAGAAGAGCAGCGCCAGCUCCGACUCCAGCUCCACCAGCACCACACUGCCGGCCACCUUCAAGCCGCCCCAGGUCUUCAAGAACGCCAACCUGGUCCACGUCAUCUCGCUCGAGAAGAACUAUGUCAAGGAGAACAUCAAUGUGCUCGUGGAGAACAUCGACAAGGCGCCGCAGGAUGAAUACUUCGUGCCGUUCACGGCCGACCAGAUGUCGCGCCUCGGCGGGGUGGAGGUGAAGGAUCGCAAGGACGCCAGCGCCGGGCCAUUCGUUGCCGAACCUGUCGAAUUUGACCAGGAAAGUGACAUCCAGUACCUCCGCAUCCGCCUGCCCAAGCCCCUUGCGCCCGGCGCGCAGCAGACUCUCGGCAUCAGCUACUACCUCCUCAAGGCGUACAAGCCGCUCCCCGCCUCCAUCAAGCAGGAAGAGCAGCAGUACCUGACCUUCUCCUUCUCGGCAUACUGCUCCUCGGCCUACACGACGACCAAGCAGAAGACCGAGGUCAAGUUCCCGUCCGGCAACAUUCCCGACUACACCAAGCUGCCCGGAAGCGGCGACGUCUCCGAGUUCCCGCAGAAGCAGGGAUCCAAGCUGAUAUACGGCCCAUUCGACGAGAAGCCCGCGGGUGCCGCGCAGCCCGUCAGCGUCCGGUUCGAGUUCACCAAGCCCGUGACCCACGUCUCCCGCCUGGAGCGGGACAUCGAGGUCAGCCACUGGGGCGGCAACGUCGCCUUCGAGGAGCGCUACACGCUGUACCACCGGGGCGCCAACCUUUCCUCACUCUUCAACCGCGUCAAGUGGCAGCAGGCGCAGUACUACCACCCGACGACGUUUGCGCUCAAGGAGUUGAAGUUCCCGCUGCGCGUCGGCAGCGUGGACGCGUACUACACCGACGUGAUUGGCAAUGUCUCGACCUCGCACUUCCGCACCAACAAGCGCGAGGCGCUGCUCGAGAUCAAGCCCCGCUACCCGGUGUUUGGCGGGUGGAAGUUCCCCUUCACGAUCGGCUGGAACUCAGACGCCAAGAAUUUCCUGCGCAAGACCGCCACGGGCGGCUUCGUCCUGAACGUCCCCUUCCUCGAGGGCCCCCGGCAGCCGGAGGGCGUCGAGUACGAGCAGGUGCAGCUCCGGGUUAUCCUCCCGGAAGGCGCUGAAAACGUCAGGUACCACACCUCGAUCCCGCCCUCGUCCAUCACCGAGGCCGGCAUCGAGAUCCACAAGACCUUCCUCGACACGCUCGGCCGCACGGCGCUCGUCAUCAGGGCGCGCAACCUGGUGGACGACUUCAGGGACCGCGACCUGGUCGUGGCAUACGACUACCCGCUGCUGGCGAGCCUGCGCAAGCCGCUGGUCGUGUUUGCCAGCGCCGUGGCCGUGUUUGUCGUCGCGUGGAUCGUGGGCAACGUGGAGCUCAAGUUCGACUCUCCGAAGAAAUAGAGGCGGGCCGGGGGUAAGGGGUUUUCUCUAUAGGAAAAGGGAUAAUAUAAAAUGGCUGGGCUUUUUCCGAUUGUUUCAUGUACAUUUUGUCUGUGGAAUGUCAGGUGGU